AUGCGCCCCAUCUCGACGUCCUCCGUCAUCGCGACGGCCCUCUCGCUUUCGCUUCCUUCCCUCCUCCUCCUCUUCCCGACCCUCGCCUCGGCCGAGACCGUCUGGGCGACGCCACACGAGAGCUACUCGUCGUCCGUCGGCGUGCUCGGCUGCAAGAUCGACACGGACCGCGUCGCCUACUGGCCCGCCUCGGUCGACUGCGACAACAUCUGCGUCUCCCUCUCCUACGAGGGGCGCACCCUCUACCUGCUGCGCAUCGACCAGUCCGGCGGCGCCCACGACGUCAGCUACGACGCCUGGAACACGCUCGUGACGGGCGCCUCGGCCACCAAAGACCCGACGGCCGGCGGCGCCAUCGCCAUGGAGACGGAGAACGUGCCGGUCGACAAGUGCAAGCCCCUGCUCAACAAGGCCGGCGGCAAGUUCCCGCUCAGCGCGUCCAACAGCAUGAACUUCCUGGCCAGCUGCCUGACGGACAAGCCCGACAGCUUCGUCGCCAAGAACUACCAGCUGUACAACAUCCAGGACCCGAUCUGCACGUGGGGGAUCGACGAGAAGUGCACCCUCGACUGGCCCGAGCGCAACCAGGCGACCUGCCCCAAGGGCCUCGGGACGCCGUCCGCCCUCACCGACGCCCCCGUGUGGAACGUGCAGUACCCCACGGGGAAGCACGUCCUCGCCGGCGCGCCGCCCGAGGCCCCUGCCGCCGGCACACCGGGGACAGCUGGCGCGAGCAAGAAUGCGGCGGGACGCGCGAGGAGGUUAUCCGCAGAGGCCCUGGGGCUGUCUGCAGCUGUGGUGGCAUAUUCGCUUCUUUAUGUCCUUUGA